AUGGCCACUGCUGAAUUACUCUCUAACAUUUACAACAACAACAUUCACAAAGCAAUAAGUGAACAAUCAUACACUGAAAACAUUGAAGCGUUGUAUAAAGCUUUGGAUGGUGUUGACAUUAAUACCAAAUUUGACCCUGAAAAACACAUCAUUUUUAAAAAAGAAGAUGUUGAAAAAACAAAAAGAUUUACAAUGAAAGAAUUUGGUUUAGAAAAUGAAAAACAAAUUUCUGCUAUUGGUGCAAGUGCCCCAUUUCCUUUAUUUUCAAAAGAAGCCGUUGAUAUCAUGAGAGCUGAAAUCUUACGUAAGGAUGUCUUUUUGCAAUUUGCAAGAAUCUCUCCUACUUCAAGUUCUGGUCUAGACGGUAGCGUUAGAGGUUUUGCGAGAGAAAGCUGUCCCUUUACCUAUGAAGCUUGGAAACAUCCAAAGUCAAUUGAAGCCGUUUCUUCAAUGGCUGGUGUUCCUUUAAAAAUUGUCAUGGAUUAUGAAGUCGCUCAUACUAAUGUUGCAAUGAAAAAUCCUGAUGACGCUGAACAAGAGACUAUCGCUCACAAUAGAGAAUUGAUAAACAAAGGUGAAUUCUUCGGUAAAGAACAAAUGAUUCCUUCAAUUGUUGGCUGGCACUAUGAUUCAUACCCAUUUGUCGCCGUUCUAAUGUUGUCUGAUACAAAAAAAAUGAUUGGUGGCGAAACCAUCAUCAAAUUAGGUAAUGGCAAAGUUGUUUCAGUAGAGGGUCCUCAAUUGGGCUACUGCACUGUUUUACAAGGAAGAUUAGUUGAGCAUAUUGCUCCAAAACCUUUAGGCUAUACUGAAAGAUUAACAGCCGUCUCUUCUUAUGUCGCAGCAGAUCCAUUGAAACACGAAGAAUCCGUUUUACAUACAGUUAAACCUGAAGUUUUAUUUGGUUCUAGAUAUACCGAUUUCUACACCGAAUGGAUUGAUUAUAGAAUGAAAUUAAUUGAAGAAAGAGCCAAAUAUUUAAGAGAAAAAGUUCUUAACGAUCAACAAAAUGGAAAAUUAUUUGAAAAGGAAAAGAUUAUGAAAUUUGUUGAAGAUUUAGAAAAUUAUGUUGGCAGAACUUGGAAAGAGAUGGUUGUUAGUGAUGAAGAAUACGCUAAAGCAAAAUAG